CAGAAGUCGGAGUCGACUCCAGAAAUCCCGGCGUCUUGCAGCACCAUGGAAACCUGGGCAGAGCGAGUUCAGUCAGUGAUUUUCCACCUUCUUUCGCGCGGUUGUAUGUUUGGCGCCAGAAGUUCUCGUGCUCAGUUGCUCUCACAAUUUACCUCAGUUUAAAGUUUUUCCCAAACAACGGUUUCAAAAGGCAGGUAAUUUAGCUAGCUAACAAGAAUAACAGGCUCAACAUUGUACAACAUUGCUAUUUUAUCGGCUAUAUUUAGAAUAAUUUGUUAGCUCGGUAAUGUAGCUAGCUAAAUUACCAUCAACAGGUUCUCCAGUGCUAAAUUAACUAGCUACUUCAACGUUACUGUACCGAAAUAAAUGUAUAGCUAGUGGUAGCUAUCUAGCUAAAAGUGUAACGCUAACUUUAGCUAGUUUACCAAAAUAGUCAAAUUAGCAACUUGCUGACAAAUUAACAGUUGAUAAUGAUAUUAGCUAACAAUUUUCCUUGUAUUUCGAAUUUGACUAGCAAUAAGUUACUGUAGCUACAAGUUCAGGGUGAAAGGACCUCAGGGACGACAACAGGCAAGGAUGAGUUCUUCGGAUGAGGAUGAUUUCCAUGAUUUGAAGACCUAUUUCUCAAAGAUGGAAUGGACCCAUCUAGUGAAAUGUGAGAAAGUGCGGUACAGAAACUUGAAGAGGAACCACCUGGCUAUGCUUACUAUAGGGCUGAACUCCCCAGUACCUGCGUUUAUGAGGAGAAGCAGGCCUAAAUUGUUGAACACUGUUCCGCUUUUUGCACCCAGCGACUCAGAGGAGGAUGAGUGGACCCCUCGACUGGAGAGAUGCCCACCAGCAUCCCGGAGCUUCCGAUGCCCAACCAGGAGACCAGCAGCAUCUCAGGGAGUCCCUCAGCCUGACAAACCAGCCACACCUGCUACACUUACGGUACAGCAGCCCCCCAGUGGCGAGGAGGCAGGACCCAGUAAUAUGGGGACAGAACCCGCCCAGCCAUUAAUGGAGGAGCUGACAGAAGAAGAAGUGGCCUUCCUCAGAGACGGCAGCCCAGCAGACACCCACAGUGGAGUACAGGAGGGGCUAGGAGCCACGGAGGGUCAGAGUGAAGCGACCCCCAGCACCAGUGGAGGGGAGGCAGGGAGUUCCACAAAGCAAGGGGCUUGUUUGUUGCACCCCAAACCAUCAACCUCAGGCCUGUCUAAGAGAGAGUGGCUGGAAAGGCAGAAAGCAGAGCUGAACACAUACAAGCGCAGCAGAAAUCUGAGAGACAGACCAAGAAUCACUUACACAGAGGAGGAGGUCCCCAAAGAUGAUCACUACCUCUACUGUGAGGACUGCAAGUCUUUCUUCAUGGAGGAGUGUGGGGUCCAUGGUCCUCCCCUCUUCGUCCCGGACAUCCCUGCCCCUCUAGGAACCUCUGACAGGGCCAGACUCACCCUCCCGUCCGGCCUGGAGAUCAGGACAUCAAGCAUCCCUGAAGCAGGACUGGGGGUGUUCAACCAUGGAAACACUGUGCCUGCAGGAACCCACUAUGGACCUUAUGAAGGAGAUAUCACAGACAAGGAACAAGCCAUGGAGAGUGGCUACUCCUGGGUGAUCAACAAGAGCAGACACUGGGACGACUACAUCGAUGCUGGGAGAGACACUCACUCCAACUGGAUGAGGUAUGUGAACUGUGCUCGUGGUGAAGAAGAGCAGAAUCUGGUGUCCUUCCAGUACAGAGGAGGGAUUCUGUACCGCUGCUGUAAGCCCAUAGCUGUUGGAGAGGAGCUGUUGGUUUGGUACGGAGAGGAGUACGCCAGAGACCUGGGCAUUGUCUUCGACUACCUCUGGGACAAAAAGAGCUCUGCUAAAGAUGUGAACGCUGAGUCGUCCCAGGUCCAGAUCUUCUCGUGCUCUGGCUGUCCGUUCUCCUUCACCUCUCAGAUCUUCCUCCACAAGCACAUAAAGAGAAGUCACCAUGAUGAGUAUGUCAGACUGUUGAGGAGUGGAGAGAUCAGAUCAGAGAAUCUCAUGUCCUCCAGCAACUCAACACAGCACCAUGGAACCACCUCAAGUUCCUCCAACCCAGCUCCCACCAGGAAACAGAGCAAGAUGGACAAGCCACGAUCAAACCACUGCUCUCAGUGUGGGAAGCGUUUCAGUCAGUCAGGAGACUUAAAGACACACCAGCGCACUCACACAGGAGCGAAGCCGUUUCACUGCUCUCAGUGUGGGAAGAGUUUCACUAGAGGGGAUAGUCUCAGAACACACCAGCUCACUCACACAGGAGAGAAGCCGUUUCACUGCUCUCAGUGUGGGAAGAGUUUCACUACAGGGGGUAGUCUCAGAACACACCAGCUCACUCACACAGGAGAGAAGCCGUUUCACUGCUCUCAGUGUGGGAAGAGUUUCAGUCAGUCAGGACAUCUAAAGGGACACCAGCGCACUCACACAGGAGAGAAGCCGUUUCACUGCUCUCAGUGUGGGAAGAGUUUCAGUCAGUCAGGACAUCUAAAGGGACACCAGCGCACUCACACAGGAGAGAAGCCGUUUCACUGCUCUCAGUGUGGGAAGAGUUUCAGUCAGUCAGGAGACUUAAAGACACACCAGCUCACUCACACAGGAGAGAAGCCGUUUCACUGCUCUCAGUGUGGGAAGCGUUUCAGUACAGGGGGUAAUCUCAGAACACACCAGCGCACUCACACAGGAGAGAAGCUGUUCCACUGCUCUCAGUGUGGGAAGCGUUUCACUACAGGGGGUAAUCUCAGAACACACCAGCGCACUCACACAGGAGAGAAGCUGUUCCACUGCUCUCAGUGUGGGAAGAGUUUCACUACAGGGGAUAGUCUCAGAACACACCAGCGCACUCACACAGGAGAGAAGCCGUUUCACUGCUCUCAGUGUGGGAAGAGUUUCAGUCAGUCAGGACAUCUAAAGGGACACCAGUGUUGUAAAAAGAGUAAAGAAGUGGAACUUUAGAUUCUCUUGACAUUGGGACAGUGAUUUAAUAGAAGUGUAAUGUUCCAUCAGGAAACAUGACUAAUGCGUCUUUAUAUAGACACUGUUGAACUAUUUGGAUAGAAAUUAUGACAUUCAUCAAACUGUCAACACUUUUUUAAUUCUCUCAAAGUACUGUGUCAUUGUAAUAGAAUUGAAUACGCAUAAAUGUAUGAAUCGUAAUUUAUAGUAUGAAAUCUUACAUAAAUGUAUGUGUAUAAACAUGAACUAUUAAGUAAAUUAUUUUUAAACUGAAAUGAAUAUCUCACAAGUU